AUGAAAAGGUUAGUUAAACAAAGAGAAGAUUAUGUUAAAUCAAAUGAACAAUUCAGAAAUAAGUACAUUACUUGGGAAUUAAAAAAUCAAAGAAUGAUUGAAGAAUUAGAAAGAUUGGAUAAAAUCAAUCAAAAGAAUGAAACUGAAAGAAGGAUGUUACUUAUAGAAAUUGUUGAACAAAAUACUACAAUAAGAAUGCUUAAAGAAGAAACUGAAAAGUUGAAAGCAAAAGCCAAGGAAUUAGAAGAAAAGAAUCAACAAUUGGAAGAAAAAUAUCAAAUGAAUAAUCCUGAAUAUUUAGGAACAACUGAUAUUUAUGGAUUCUGA